AUGAUGUCGUAUCUCAAGCAACCCCCAUACACAGUGAAUGGGCUGAGCCUCACUACAUCGGGUAUGGAUCUGCUUCACCCUUCAGUCGGCUAUCCCUCUACUCCGCGGAAGCAGCGGCGAGAGAGAACCACAUUUACAAGGGCGCAGCUGGAUGUCUUGGAGGCGCUUUUCGCCAAGACUCGCUAUCCGGAUAUCUUCAUGAGGGAAGAGGUGGCCCUGAAAAUCAACUUGCCCGAAUCUAGAGUGCAGGUAUGGUUCAAAAACCGUCGAGCGAAGUGCCGCCAACAACAGCAACAGCAGCAGAACGGAGGGCAGCAUAAAGUUAGGCCAACGAAGAAGAAGAACUCUCCUGCUCGGGAGCUGGGCUCGGAGAGCGUGGCCAGCGGCCAAUUCACGCCGCCCUCCAGCACCUCGGUAACGGCCAUAUCGAGCAGCACCGCCCCGGUGUCAAUUUGGAGCCCAGCGUCCAUAUCUCCGAUCGCCCCAGAUUGCCUCUCCACGUCCUCGUCCUGCAUGCAGCGUUCCUAUCCCAUGACCUAUACCCAGGCCUCGGGUUAUACGCAGGGAUACGCUGGAUCCACGUCCUACUUUGGGGGAAUGGACUGCGGCUCAUACCUGGCCCCGAUGCACCACCAGCUCCCCGCCCCAGGGACAGCGCUCAGUCCGAUGGGCACAAACGCAGUCACUGCGAGCCAUCUCAACCAGUCUCCGGCCUCCCUCUCUGCCCAAGGCUACCCAACCGGCGGAUUAGGUUUUAAUUCCACCGAUUGCUUGGAUUAUAAAGACCAGACAGCAUCAUGGAAACUCAAUUUCAACGCUGACUGCUUGGAUUACAAAGAUCAAACGUCCUCGUGGAAGUUUCAAGUUUUGUGA